AAUGUGCACGCCACAGCAGAGCCUGCAGGAGGAAGCAGGAAGCUCCAGCAUAUAGAUUGUAGUGAAUAAUCGUGCCAAGCCAGCCCCACCAGCACCAUCAUGGCGUGGCCGUGCCUCACGCGUGCUUGCUGCAUCAACCGUUUCUGGACCGAGCUGGAUAAGGCGGACAUCGCAGUGCCUUUGGUUUUCACCAAAUACUCCGACGUGGCCGACGUGCACCACCUCCCCCAGCGCAGGCAGCCGAGGCGGGCUGCGGAGAGCCAGCCGGAGGUCGCGAAGGCACCACCCGCCUCCUCCACCACCACCACCGAGCCCCCUGCCGCAUCGGGCAAGGACGCCUCCGCUGCGUCCGUCACCCGCCAAGACUUCCAGGCGUGGAAGGUGCGACCGGAGCCCAGCUGCAAGCCCAGAAACGAGUACCAGCCCUCGGCCGCGCCGUUCAUCCCGGAGACCCAGUAUCAGAAGGACUACAAAGCCUGGCCCAUCCCCAAGAAGCACGACCACCCCUGGAUCCCCAAAGCCGACCUCGCCCCUGCCGGCGGGGCGGGGAGGGUGGAGUCGGAGACCGGCGUGGAGAAGAGCGAGAUCGAGGAGAAGCUCCAGGAGAAGGAGGUGAAGGAGCCGGCCAGGAGGGACAAGUCUAGGGAGAGAAAAGAGGUGGAGAAGAAGGCGGAAGAAGCGCAGGUGUGCGCUGAUGUGCAGCAGAAGAAGAAAGGCAGGGCGGUCGCAGACGCGCUUAAUAGACACAUUAAGGAGACCAUGACUACUUCCAGCAGCUACAGAACUGAAUUCAAGGCCUACAAGGAUGUGAAACCAGUGAAGCCGAUCAAGGCCACGUCCCAGUACAAACCACCAGCAGAGGAGACCAGUCUGGAAACCAGCUACAGCGCCACCUUCAGGGGGGAGCAGGUGAAGGCCCAGGCUAGUGACAACAAGCUGAUGGAGCGCAGGAGGAUACGCAGUCUGUACAGUGAGCCGGGCAAAGACCCCGCCAAGACCGACAAGGCGGCGUUUCGCACCAGGCCAAAAAAGAAAGCGACGACGAUGACAUCGGGGAAGGUGGUGAAAAAAGCAAAAGAAAAGCAGCUUGCUGGUUCGGCUUCAGCCAAGAAGAAAGAAGCGGCUGCCGUGGCGUCCUCAGAACCUCCAGGGGAUGGAGGCGUCUCCAAGAAGAGCAAAGAGAUAAGCAAUAGACUGGCCGAGGCAAAACAGUAAAAAAAAAAAACUAAGAUAGCAUCGUGUUCUUUAUGCCUUUUUCUCAUUUAGUGUUUAGCUGAGAAGUCCAUUAUUGCAGUGUGUGUGUGAAAGAGAGAGUGUGUCUGUGGGAUCAAAGCGGCUUUUUUUUAAUUAUUAUUGAGCACAUAAUUUGCACAUUAUUUAUUAUAGGAGUCAUCUUUACUCUGAAUAUAAGAGCCUUUGCUGUGUGUGCUAUACUAAAGGGCGUUUUUACCUCCAGAAUCACAUCCGAUGAUUGUAUAAACUCACUUUUUAGGUUUUUGUGGGUCUGUUUCCUAGUCACAGUGCCUCGGCUGAAAGGUCCUGGUGUUCUUUUCCUCUUCGUUCUUCUGGGUGAUAUCCAGUUUCGUUUUGUUGCUAAGAAACCAAAUCAAUUUGACUAUAAUUCCCUGCAGCUUGCAAGCCCCCCUUCAUUUUUGGUUGAACAGCAAUACAAUAUUCUAGCAAGCUUACUUAGGCCAUCACAUUCUAGCUUGUAAAUUAAGCCUUUUUGGGUAUAAAUAUAUACUAUUUGAAAUGUAUGCAUGUGUAGUUAUUAGGUUCUGGUUGCCAGAUAGUUUAUAGUGGCUGAAAUAAACACACACCAGCAAGGUAGCUCCCACAAACACAUUUACUGUAACACUAAUAAUGACAAUACUCUAUUAUUUUUAAUGAUGACUCAACUUUUCCUUCGAGCUACAAACACGGACGUCUAAAAAUUAGGAUAAUAUACGUAUACACGCUGUCAAAUCAUAUGGUUUGUUAACUUUGUUCUAUAAACAACCACAUUACUUGAAUGCAUCAUUACUGAACGUCUUGCGACAAUUGCGGUGCGUUCGAGACUACCCGGAAAACAUAAUACCGUCCUUUUAAUGAUGAUGCUGUCUCUCAAAGCUACACGAUAAACACUGGAGUCUAAGUAUUAAGAGGGGAAACGUUGUAAUUCAACCAGAAUAAACACACACACUCAAAUUAUCUAUUUGUGUUUAACUUCGACUAUCCUCUUAUCACCUGAACGUACCAUGAUUUAAAUUGUGGUGCGUCCAAUACUCCUUGGAAAACAUAAUAUCGUCCUUUUAAUGAUGAUGUUGGCUUCGAGCCCGCCGUAUUUUUCUCCAAGGUACAAGAUAAACACUGGAGUCUAAGUAUUAAGAGGGGAAACGUUGUAAUUCAGCGAGAAUAAACACACACACACUCAAAUUAUCUAUUUUUGUUUCAGUUCGACUAUUCUCUUAGUCGAACUGUGGUGCGUUCAACACUCCCCGGAAAACACAAUACCAUCAUUUAAUGAUGAUGCUGUCUCUCAAAGCUACAAGAUAAACACUGCAGUCUAAGUAUUAAGAGGGGAAACGUUGUAAUUCAGCGAGAAUAAACACACACACUCAAAUUAUCUAUAUUGGUUUAAAUUCGACUAUCCUCUUAUCACCUGAACGUACCAUGAUUUCAAUUGUGGUGCAUUCAGUAUUCCCCGGAAAAUACAAUACCGUUCCUUUAAUGAUGAUGUUGGCUUCGAGCUCGCCGUAUUUUUCUCAAAGCUACAAGAUAAAACAAUGAAGUCUAAGUAUUACGAGGGAAAAGUUGUAAUUCAACGAGAAUAAACACACACAAACACACCGAAAUGAUAUAUUUUUAUUUAAAUUCUACUAUCCUCUUAUCACCUGAAUGUACCAUGAUUUCAACUGUGGUGCGUUCGGGACCACUCGGGAAUGCUUCAGAGUAACACAACUUGGCGACAAUGCGCUAACAUUUUAACAUAUAUGUUGCAGAUAAUUUGACUGUGGUUAUGUGUGUGCGUGUUUGUAUUCAUAACUGACCUCUGCAGCUUGCUGCCCACUAUAGAAUGGAGUCCAUUACACCAUCACCGCAACAACAGCAACAAAGUGCCACAAGUCCACUCCCACUUCCUGGUGCUGAAAGGCCAACAUCUUUUGUCGUGGUCUGCUUAAUAGGUUGUGUUGUUCUCUUGCUCACCGACAGAGAACGCUAAUGAGACAGAAAAGACAAAUUACUGCGGAGGUGUUGUGAUUUUUUUUGUGUGCGUGCUCGUUUUGGAAGAACUCAGAUUAAAAACAACAAACACGUGAAUGUCAACUGCAUCUUGUGACUUAUUUGUUUUUAGAACAUUGUUUUUGAUUACUGUACUUACAUGUUUGAUAAUAAAUCACCAUAA